GGCUUCAGCUGCUCAGGAGGCAACAACCUAUGACCCUGGGCUGGCAGCUGGGGGGUGGAGAUUGGGAGUGGGCCAGAGGACCGCAUUCCCGAAGCCCCACCCCAGCCUAGCCCAGGGGUGGGACUUGGGGCUGGCUGAGUGUCCUCCUGAAAACACUGCUCAGGGACUGAAUGCAUUUCUCCUCUAGCAGGUGCCUGUUCACCUGCAAACACCCAAGUGGACACAGACACUCUCUUUCCUCCACUGUUCUGGGGAGAACCAGUUUAAACCUCUCCACUUUUCUUGGGUUGCCGGGGAAACUUACUUGCCCACCAUGCAGCAAGUGAGUUCAGGGAAUGGGUGAGCCCCAGGAGCCAUUCCUCUCCCUCUCCGUCUCCCCCAGCCGCCUAACCCCCAAGCUCCAGAUUGACCUCAGCAGCUGUGUGACACUCGCCGUCUGUUCCCUUUCCCCUCCCCCUUGCUUGUUUUUUGACAAAGACCAAAUGUUAUUCUUUACUUCCUUAGGGCUCUGUCUCUGUGAGUGGACUCCUGGGGAAAACUACCAAGAACUCCCUGGCCCCUCCCAGCUCCUACCCCCUCCCCGCCUCCUCCCCCAGCAUUCCGGCUCAGGGUGCAGGCAGUUAGUUCUCCUGAGUGAGCUUGUGUGACGAAGUGGGAAAAUCCCAGCUUACUGAGGACCUCUCCCUGUCCUGCUCUCCACACAGAAAUCCUAAGUCCUUUCUGGGCCCAGGUUGUAGGCCAGGUGGAAUCUGUCUUGUCCAAAAUGUUCUCUGACCCUGCUCCCCAAGCAGAAGGCUUAUAGUUUGGAGUGGAAAGGGGAAGUAACAGUUGGGGUUGCCCAUACCCUGCCCUCCAUACCUCCUUGCCCUCCAACCCAGACUAAACACUUCAACACUCCGCCAGAUUAUCCUGAGCCCUCUGCUGCUUUCCCAACUCUUUCUGCCCCACUGUUUUCUCUGCGUAUUUCCUGUGGCACAGGUCUCCAAUAUCCCUCGGACUCUGUUCCUUGGGGCCCCUGAAAGUAGGGUGAACCCUGAGAUGGCGGGGAGGGGCCGCCCUCACAAAGGAGAAGUGCAGCUCAUUCUCUCACAGACCACAUCCUGUGCCUCCUGUGCCCUGCCUCCUCCAGCCUGGGCUCCCUUCCACCCCGAGCUUUUGCCCCUUUUGCCCCUGUCACCGCUCAGCCGGCUUGUCCUCUCCACCCCCUUCAUCCAUGGCACCCGCGCUUGCACACACAUGCAUUUGGGGAUGCAGGGAGAGCAGGCAGGUGGAAGACCUCUCCCGGAACCGGUUCCCCGAGGUGCCGGAGGCAGCAUGCCAGCUGGUGUCCCUGGAGGGCCUGAGCCUCUAUCACAAUUGCCUGAGAUGCCUGAACCCAGCCUUGGGGAAUCUCACGGCCCUUACCUACCUCAACCUCAGCCGAAACCAGCUGUCAUCGCUGCCACCCUACAUCUGCCAGCUGCCCCUCCGGGUGCUCAUUGUCAGCAACAACAAACUGGGAGCCCUGCCUCCCGACAUCAGCGCCUUGGGAAGCCUGCGGCAGCUUGAUGUGAGCGGCAAUGAGUUGCAGUCCCUUCCCACAGAGCUGUGUAGCCUCCCUUCCCUGCGGGACCUCAGUGUUCGGAGAAACCAGCUCAGCACCCUCCCUGAUGAGCUGGGGGAUCUUCCUCUUGUCCGCCUGGAUUUUUCCUGUAACCGUGUCUCCCGCAUCCCGGUCUCCUUCUGCCGCCUCAGGCACCUGCAGGUCAUUCUGCUGGACAGCAACCCCCUGCAAAGUCCACCUGCUCAGAUCUGCUUGAAGGGGAAGCUUCACAUCUUUAAGUACUUGUCAACAGAGGCUGGGCGGCGUGGGGGGUCGGCAUUGGGGGACCUGGCCCCUUCCCGCCCCCCGAGUUUCAGUCCCUGCCCUGCUGAGGACUUAUUUCCGGGACGUCGGUACGAUGGUGGGCUAGACUCAGGCUUCCACAGUGUUGACAGCGGCAGCAAGAGGUGGUCUGGAAAUGAGUCAACGGAUGAAUUUUCGGAGUUGUCCUUCCGAAUCUCAGAGCUGGCCCGGGAGCCUCGAGGGCCCAGGGAGCGGAGGGAGGAUGGCUCUGCUGACGGAGACCCUGAGCAGAUUGACUUCAUUGACAGCCACGUGCCUGGGGAGGAUGAGGAGCGAGGUGCUGCUGAGGAGCCCCGGCCACCAGAAUUAAGCCCUGUGGCAGGGGACGGAGAGAAGGCACCAAACAGCAGGCGGGAGGAGCCUGCUGGUGAGGAGCGGCGACGCCCGGACACUUUGCAGUUAUGGCAGGAGCGGGAGCGGCGGCAGCAGCAGCAGCAGCAGCAGCAGCAGCAGCAGCACAGCGGAGCGUGGGGGGCCCCCCGGAAGGACAGGUCCGCUGCCUGCACUGCCGACCCCACAUCUCCUUUGCUUUCCAGUUUUGUGAAGCUGGGGGUCAGGGCUGCUGGCGGAGGUCCUGCGGCCUCAUCCACUCAGGCCUCCUACAACGGCAUGCCCAAGUCCAGUGCCACCCAACUGGGAGCUUCAGGGGGGCAGGGAGCCCCCCCGGCCCCUGCCCCCACCCCUGCCUCCCAGGAGCCCCUUCCUGCAGCUGGACCAGCGACAGUGCCUGCUCCCCGGCCGCUCGGCUCCAUUCAGAGACCAAACAGCUUCCUCUUCCGUUCUUCCUCUCAGAGUGGCUCAGGCCCUUCCUCACCAGACUCUGCCGUGAGGCCUCGGCGACCCCCUCAGCUUCUGGACGAGAAGGAGCUGAUGGCACAGCUGCGCCAGGUAAUGGAGUCCCGGCUGCAGCGGCCCCUGCCUGAGGACCUGGCGGAGGCUCUGGCCAAUGGGGUCAUCCUCUGUCAGCUGGCCAACCAGCUGCGGCCCCGCUCCGUGCCCUUCAUCCAUGUGCCCUCGCCUGCUGUGCCAAAACUUAGUGCUCUCAAGUCUCGGAAAAAUGUGGAGAGUUUCUUAGAAGCCUGCCGAAAAAUGGGGGUGCCUGAGGCUGACCUGUGCUCGCCCUCAGAUCUCCUCCAGGGCACCGCCCAGGGGCUGUGGACCACCCUGGAGGCUGUGAAGCGGGUGGGGGGCAGGGCCCCCCCACCCCUCUGGCCCCCCUCUGGUCUGGGCGGCUUCAUCUUCUUCUACGUGGUCCUCAUGCUGCUGCUCUAUGUCGUCUACACUCGGCUCCUGGGUUCCUAGGACCUGAAGUCACCCUUUCCCCUGCCCCCUCCACCUAUUUCUAUUUAUAAGACUCCUGUGCAACCCCCAUCCCUACCAGUGGUGCCUUCAGCCCCUACCAAAGACACUAGUGAACCCUCUCCCCUCACACACACUGACCUCAGAGGCCCCACUCUGGUGCCCCCAGACCCUGGGCCCCCAGCCUCUGGCCACCCUCCUGUAGCCCCUUCCCGUGACCCUCACCUCUCCAUGCUGAUGGUGCCUUCAUUCCCUCCAGGCCCUGCCCUUCCCUCUGCUCCCUCAGAGGGUAGAUCUCAACCUUCUUCCUUGUGCCGUCCCCCUCCACCCCGGUCCCCCCACUGUUAUGGGGAGCUAAAUUAUCUAUAUUUUGUAGAGAGAACUCUAUAUUUGUAGGAGUUGCAGGGGCCCAAGCUGGGUCCCCUGUCUCUGUGUAUAAAUUGUACAGACCGUG